GCCACUGUCCGGCAUCUUGUGCGUUUGUCAAGGGGGUCCCUGCCUGGUUUGUGUACAACGCUGUAGUCAACGCAGUUAGUAAAAAAAUGUAUGCUUUAAGAUCACUAGCUUUUAAAUCGGUUCCAUUCCAAGUGAAAUCACAGUUGGUAAACUCUGGGCUUCACACGAGUGCCAGUUGGAGCAGGGCAAAAGUUGCAGUUGUGCUGUCUGGCUGUGGUGUGUAUGACGGAACAGAAAUCCAUGAAGCAUCAGCGAUUCUGGUGCAUCUGAGCAGGGGCGGGGCAGAGGUCCAGAUGUACGCCCCUGACGUGUCCCAGAUGCAUGUCAUCGACCACGGGAAGGGAGCGCCCGCUGAGAACGAGUCCAGGAACGUCCUGUCAGAGUCUGCACGCAUCGCUAGGGGAAACAUCACAGAUCUCGCCAAACUCAGCGUCAGCGACCACGACGCCAUCAUCUUCCCAGGGGGCUUUGGGGCGGCAAAAAACCUGUCGACGUUUGCCGUUGACGGUCCAGACUGCAAGAUCAACACAGAUGUGGAGCGUGUCCUAAAGGACUUCCAUAAGGCAGGCAAACCCAUUGGGUUGUGCUGUAUCUCUCCUGUGCUGGCUGCCAAGCUGCUUCCUGGGGUGGAGGUGACAGUGGGGCACGAGGAGGAGAAGGGGGGCAAAUGGCCCUAUGCUGCCACUGCUGGGGCUAUCAAGGCCCUGGGAGCCAAGCACAUCGUCAAGGAAGUCACCGAGGCCCACGUAGACCAGAAGAACAAGGUGGUGACAUCACCAGCCUUCAUGUGUGAGACCCAGCUGCACCUGAUCUUCGACGGCAUCGGAGCCAUGGUAACCAACGUCCUCAAACUCAGUGGCAAGUGAGAGAGCAGAACCCACAGUCGUUUAUAACCAAACAUCCAUGUUGUCCAACACAGCCGCUUCACCCAGUAAACUAUAUCGAAGGAUUGCGCUCGUUAGGUUUAAUUUCUUCAGAUAGUUCUAUGUUGAUUUACAGCUGUUAACAAAGUAUUUGUCAAAAGCUUUAGAUUUGAUUAAAUGUGCCAGUAUUCAGUAGAAGUAAUUAUUUUGUGUGUUUUUGCAGGACAUAUCAAUAUAAUAUUAUUAUUAUUAUUAUUAUUAUUAUUAUAAUAAAAAACUACUUUAUUCUGAUAACUACAUACAGGUACAUUUCCUUGUUCGAGGAAUUGAAUUCUAGAGAAGCGAUACCUGUCUUGUCCAGCAGAUGGGGGUGGCAGGACACGGCCCGCUCGGUUCCAAUGCAAACAUAUUGAGAUUCCGCUCUCUCUCUCGUUCAAAGAUUCAGAUCAGGUGUAAGAACAUGAAAAUCAUCUGUGUUUCUAGGCGAAUAAGCUAUAAAUAUCUCAACCGCUGGAAUUUGAUUUUUUUUGUUAAGCAUUUCAUUCAGACUCGUAGCUUGAGAGGACUUGCACUAAGAAAAGAGGCAGUGUUUAGAGAAUGGCUUUUAUUUACCUCGAGUCAUGUUGUUAGUGAACUCGUCAUGUCUGUGGAAUAAAGAUGUCAGUGAACUCAUGUCUGUGGAAUAAAGAGAUGUAUCAGUGAACUCAUGUCUGUGGAAUAAACAGAUGUUUUCAGUGAACUCAUGUCUGGAAUAAAGAGAUGUAUCAGUGAA